AUGGACGGAAGCUGCGACAUCAAUAAAUCUUUAGAUGGCUGCAGCAAGGAUGAGGAAGAAGGUCCGACCACAAAGAGGCUGAGAAAGGGCACGUCAGUGGUGGAACAAUGGGCCACUUUUCUGGCCAAAUACAAGCAGCAAAGAAUGCUCGGCGAGGGUGGCUAUGGGCGAGUGUUCAUGGGUCUACGCAGAGCGGAUAAUUUCCCGGACCAGAACGGGGAGGAGUUCUCUGCGGAGGUGGCCGUCAUGUCCAGACUCUCAGCUGAACGAGCCGAAUCGGGGGAGUCGGCGUCCGUGGCGCUGCUGGACGUUUACGACCUGGGCCUGGAGCAGGUCCUGGUCAUGGAGAGGCCUGACCCCUGUCAGGAUCUGCUCCGCUACCUCAAGGCCCACAACGGCUUGCUGCAGGAGGGGCAUGCUAAGGUGAUCGUCAAACAGCUGCUGGCUGCUGCAGCUGAGCUGGAGCGCCACAACGUCUUCCACCGCGACAUUAAGCUGGAGAACAUCCUGAUCCAGUCCGAGGGAGACGCCCUCCGUGUCCGGCUCAUAGACUUCGGGGUGAGCUGCUUCUCUGAGCCGUCGUCGCUCCUGAAAACCUUCGAAGGUACGGUCACUUACAAGCCUCCGGAGUUCAUCAGCAGGGGCAGAUAUGCUGCCGGACCCACCACGGUGUGGCAGCUGGGGACCGUCCUAUUCGAGCUCCUCCACCAAAACAGUGUGUGUGGCACUCUAGAGUUCCUCACUCAGAAACUGAGGAUCAGGAAGACACUGUCUGCAGAAUGUCGAGACUUCCUAAAAAGAUGCUUAGGAAUAAUUCCUGAGGAGAGGUCCACCGUGGAGCAGCUGCUGCGUCACCCCUGGCUCCACUGA